AUGAGAUCGAAUACUGGCCAACGGACAGACGAGACGGAAACCGUCAUCGCUCGUCUCCGCCCACACACCAACUACUCGGCGGUGGUCAGGGCGCGGAAUAAGCAAUACCGCGGCCCAGCCUCCAACAAGAUCGAGUUCGAGACGCCGGAGGGAAUCCCCUCGGUCGUAUCAUCGCUACGUGUCGUGACCGUUGGCGCCCACUCGAUUUUGGUCCAAUGGGAACCCCGCAACGUCCCAACGGCUUCGUCCGCGGCUACUUCGACGUUCACGAAUGACCGGAACGACACCGAGGAGACUUACGUGCUUCACCGACAACAUCACUAUCUUCACGAGAGGGCCGCUGCGGAUUCUCCGUAUAAG